AAGUGAUACUUCCGCUCGACCCACCCAAGGAGAGCUAGAUGUCCCCAUUUCACAACCGAAAUACACCAUGAAAAAUAACACCAAAAAGAUGUGAGAUCCUAGUGACCACAGCCAGUGAAGUGUACAUCAUUUAACCAGAGAGAAAGGGAGCAGAAAAAACCAUGAGGGAGUUUAAAGUGGUGGUUCUGGGCAGUGGUGGGGUGGGGAAAAGUGCCCUCACUGUGAAGUUUGUCACAGGGAAUUUUGUUGAGAAAUAUGACCCUACAAUUGAAGAUUUCUACAGAAAAGAAAUUGAGGUGGAUGGAGCCCCCUCAGUGCUGGAAAUCCUGGACACGGCAGGCACAGAGCAGUUUGCUUCCAUGAGGGACCUGUAUAUAAAAAAUGGACAAGGAUUUGCUAUUGUCUAUAGCAUCACAAGUUUACAAACUUUCCAGGAUAUUAAAACAAUGAAGGACCAGAUCAUGAGGGUGAAGGGCACAGAUAAAGUCCCCAUGUUACUUGUUGGCAAUAAGAAGGACCUGGAACACCAGAGAGAGGUGGCCACCUCUGAAGGAAUGGCACUGGCUCAACUCUGGGGGUGUCCUUACUGUGAAUCCUCAGCCAAAAAUACUCAGAAUGUGAAUGAAGUAUUUGUUGAGAUUGUAAGAGAGAUGAAUUCAAGCCCGGUGAAAGAGAAGCAGGAUUGUUGUACUAUAUUAUAGCAGUUGGACAAGUGUCUGCAGUAUGUCAUCAAAACCAGCAUGUUGAUGUCCAUUUCAAUGUACAGUAACAGCUAACAGCUGACCAUUCUAUUGCUGGCAACAAUACAGCCAUUAGCAGCAUUAUACUUGACAAAUAUUCUGUAUUAAAUCUUCACGUAAAUAUCAAAAAACAGUCAACAGGUGGAUGUUUGAUUCAUGGCACCAGUACAGACCAGUCAAGAAGUGUAGGAAUAAAAUCAUUUCAACAAACAGCAUCAGUGAACCAAUGGGAAUGACUUUCGUGACUGGAACUGUAUCAGAUAUUCAAUACAGAAGUCACUGAGAUUGGAACUGUGUGUAUAAAAUAUUCAAUACAGAAAUCAUCAAGAUUGGAACUAUUGUGUGCCUAAAAUAUACAAUACCGAAAUCACCAAGAUUGGAACUGUGUGCGUAAAAUAUGCAAUACCGAAAUCACCAAGAUUGGAACUGUGUGCAUAAAAUAUGCAAUACCGAAAUCACCAAGAUUGGAACUGUGUGUAUAAAAUAUUCAAUACCAAAAUCAACAAGAUUGGAACUGUGUGUAUAAAAUAUUCAGUACAGAAGUCAUCAAGAUUGAAAUUUUGUGUAUAAAAUAUUCAGUACAGAAAUCACCAAGAUUGGAACUGUGUGUAUAUAACAUUCAGCUCAUAGUUAAGGCAGGACUGGAACACAGUAUAUGUUACAUCCAUGGUCUGAAAGUCACUAGUGAUUGACAGGAAUGGAUAACCCCUAAAAUGCCAGUAGAACCAGUGCCACUGACCAGUAUCAAGUGAUUGGGAUAUAAAUGUCAACUAGAGGGAACUUCCGAAAACCAUUUUAAAUUGACCAUCCAGUAGAACUUAUUGUGCAGGCCACAAAGUGUAAUGUCAAAGUUUGAGUUGAUCAUUUCUGCUUGCAUGUAUUUGGUUGGCUGUGUCUGUAUCUGAAGUCUUCACUUUUGAGAGUUAAAAAGAAAUACUUAAUAAUUUGAAAUCCCUCUUUUACUUAGCAGUAUUGAUGCGUAGAAAUAAGGAAAGAGAAAAAAAGCACAGUUUGUGACUGCUUCUGAAAAAAUACUGCCUGUCAGUUUUCAGAGAGAAAAUAUCUAUAUAUUGAUUAUUUUUAUUUUAAAUUCUUCCAAGUAGCAUGUUCUUUCAUAAACAGAUUUUAACAGGGUGUGUACAUUGAACCAGGGUAUGAACUCUUAUGUUUUUCCUGGAUGUGAGUAUAAAUUUUUACUUUUGAAGUAUGUACAGAUGAAUCUUUGUCAUGUCUGUUAGUUGACUAAAAUCUUAAGUUUCACGUGGGUUCACAGGUUCAAAGGAUCUUUGUCAUUACUGCAGUGUAUUCACUCUUUGAAUGUGUAAACAUAUUUCAAGAUUUUGUACCUCACCAAAACUGAGGUUCUUUUAUGGUUGCCAGGGCCUGAGUAGGUUGCCAGGGUCUUUGUGGAUUGUGAAAUGCACCUCCAGCCUUGUAGUCAGACAUCUCCCAGCCUUGUAGUCAGACAUCCCCCAGCCUUGUAGUCAGGCAUCCCCCAGCCUUGUAGUCGGACAUCCCCCAGCCUUGUAGCAACCUUGUAGUCAGACACCUCCAGCCUUGUAUUUAGACAUCCCCCAGCCUUGUAGUCAGACACCCCCCAGCCUUCUAGUCAGACAUCCCCCAGCCUUGUAGUCAGGCAUCCCCCAGCCUUGUAGUUAGACAUCCCCAAGCCUUGUAGCAGACUUGUAGUUAGACAUCCCCCAGCCUUGUAGUUUACUACAUGUGGUCACAUUGUUCUUGUCUGUAUGCUGAUAUUUUGUGCCAAGAAAUAUAUUUGAUAAAAGAAUAUACAUUUUACUACAAAUCUGAACACAUCACCAUAAGCUACUAACAGCUGUGGAGAGAUGAACUAUGAGUUGAUCUGUCACAGGAACUAAGGCUGGGGAACUAUGGAAAGUUUUUCAAGGUGAAGAAGAUAAAAAUGAUGUUAUCGGCCCUGUCCUAUGCCAUUCAUUCAGCUUUUACUGCUAUGGGACAGCACAUGGCUGAAGUCCAUUACUAGUGGUCAGCAUGGUCACAUCUCUGCUAAUACAACUAGAGUUCUCAGUUUACUGCUAUGGGACAGCACAUGGCUGAAGUCCAUUACUAGUGGUCAGCAUUGUCACAUCUCUGCUAAUACAACUAGUUCUCUGUUUGAAUUACUCUUUAUGUCAGAAUACAUUGUGUGAUAGGCACCUCUAAAAAGAUUUAUUCUAAAAAAUGUCAUUUUCCCGUGGGGGCGAGUGAGAGAGCAGAUGUCAACAAGUUCAGGUAGGCAAGUUGGUCAUGAGCUAGGUGUUGAAACUGAAGAAAGGUGUCUGGCAUAUAGUGUAGUUUUUAAUGUGACAAAUUCAGGGACAAAUAUCAGCUAUGGUAAAAGUAUGGGGAGACAUUUUGCCCCACACUCACCCUACCAAAAAAAAAAAAAAAAAAAACAGCUGCAAAAAUGGUUAUUGGUUUUAUCAGUCACAUUGAAAUGUGUUUUAAAGACAGAUAAUUUGAAAAUGAAUACUGAGACGAAGCUGCUAUAGUUAUGGAGUUUAGAAGAGAUGGGGUUUUUUUUAUGUCAUUUAGAAUUUAAUAGAAUUAAAUGCUGUUGAAGACUGCCAGUAGAAUUAUCUCACGUAUGUUUGCAGCUGAAAUCCUCCUUUUUGCUGUCCUCUAAUUAUCUGCAGAAAAUACAUCAUAUGUAAGGCAUUGUAUCAUUUUAGUGCAAGGAGAUGUAUUUUGCUGUUUGAGCCCUUUUCAAGACCACUGUGAGGCACAUUUUGUACAUAAGAGGUUAUAGCAGGAGGUGGAGAGAACACAAAUCAUGUCCACAUUCUGCCUAUUUCUAGCAGAAAAAGCUGUUUUUAUAUCUGAUUUACUUAUUGCAUCCUUUUUUAUUAGAUAGUUGAUAUCCUGUUCAAAUAUUACAUUUUUAUCUCAAAUGUGAAACUGCAAGUUAGUGCUAUUUGAGUUAUGUGAAAAAAAAUCAUAAGAAACUGUUAUAUGUAAUUUUGGAUUUUGAAUUGUGUAGAGUGGUUGUUGAUAAGUAUAAAACAUGGAAGUCCCUGGAAGCAUCAAAUAUCGAUGACAGCUUUUAACUGACAGGUUGAAGAUGUGGACAUUUUUAGGGCCACAGUUUCACGUUAGUAACUGCAACAGACUUCAGUGCAAUCUAUUACAUGAUGAAGAAAGGCUGUAUAUUUAGUGGUGAUACAACCAAAUGUCAACUAUUCUAAAUAUGAACCCUUCUCUAUUUACAGAUGAUAUAGACAAGCAGGUCUUUUGAAAUCUCAUAUAAUGCUACUUUCAAAACGUACAAAAAGGAAAAUAAUUCCGUAUAAAAAUAUACACAUUCUAAGGACUAUACAUGGCCCAUUAUAUUCUAUAGUAUGGAUGUGUUUGAUAUAUAUAUAUAUAUAAAUAUAUGAAAUAAUUAUUAUACAAUAGCGUGUGUAUGUGAAUAAUAACCAGGAUUAUCAUUACUAUGAACAUUAUCAGUAUAAUAUUUUAUGAACUUGAUGUAUAGUUUCUUGACCGAAGUGUAGUCCAGUAAGUCUGCUGACAGGAAGACAGGGGGAGGCAAAUCAUAGAAUAAAUAUGGACUUGGAAAUGAAA